AUGUUGGAUGUGAUAGUCGCUGCACACAUAGCCCGCACAUCAUCUGGAGAUUUCAUUGUGGAUCCACGAAAGAGUCAGAUUGUUGACGGAUACUCUGAAUGCACUCUAGCCCUGAUGCCGAAUCAAAACCAGAUAGUCUGCUGUGACAUACGCGGAGGAAAUCUCACAAGUCCAGAUGUGGAAGAAUUAAUUACCUUUGCAACUGAGAAAUCAAUGAAGCUUUACCCCGUGCUACGAAAAGCUUUGUUAGCCACUAUCUCUGUGCAGGAAGGAAGCAGUUGCUGA